AUGAAGCAUAACAUCGUUGAACUUGAUCUUGGGAUAUAUGAUACAAGAUUCAAAGACCUUGAAUUGCCUGACAGCUUUUUCACAUGCAAAACUCUUGUGGCUUUAAAGGUGAGUUCAAAUUGUAUUAACCUUGCUCCUCCUCCUUCGGCAUCAACUUGUUUUCCAAGUCUCAAGUCCCUCCACUAUAGCCUUUACAGGCCUGAUAGUGCCUCAGUGUUCGAUUUGCUCGUUUCCAAGUGUCCUGUGCUUGAAGACUUGACCAUUGAUGCAGAAAUAUUUGCAGAAGAUGUAUAUACUUUAGAUAUCCCUGCAGCAGGAUUGAAAACGUUUAGAUUUCUAGGUACCAGCUUUCUUGUUGGGAGAAAGUACAGUUUUUCUUUCAAUUCCCCAAAGCUUGAAAACCUUGUUGUCUCGGAUAGAGCUGGUUUAGCCAAUUACUACUUUUCCAACAAUGCAAAAGCCAUGGUUAAAGCUGUGAUCCAUUCAAUACAUGGCUACAAAGACGACAAUAUCAAUCAUGUUGUUAGAGCACCUCCCUUUACUUGA